AUGGGCGGCAUGGAAACUCUGGAGCUGGCCCUUCGCUUCCCCGACCGAGCCCGCAAGAUUCUCUCUGCUUCCGCGACCGACCGGACCCGCCCUUACACCGCCGCGAUCCGGCACCUCGGUCGCCGGGCGAUCAUGUUGGAUCCGGAAUACAAACACGGAAACUAUGAGGGAAACGGCCCCGGAUUGGGACUGGGUCUGGCACGGGAAAUCGGAACCCUCUUUUAUCGAUCUAGAGACGAAUUCAAUCAACGGUUCCGCUGGCAGCCGAUUCAACAGCCGUCCCUUUCCGGCCUGACUUUCGACGUGCAGUCGUACCUCAACCAUCAAGGCAAGAAGAUCCUCGGGGCGUUUGACGCCAACUCCUAUCUCACCCUCUCCAUGGCCAUGGACUUGCACGACAUCUGGCGGGACUAUCCGUCCCGCGAAGAUGCGCUCGAGCCCGUAGGCGCCGAGCUGAUGAUCGUCGGCGUCGACGAGGACCGGCUGAUUCCGAUCGACGAGCAGGAAUGGCUUCAUCAUUCCUUGAUCACCGCGGGAAAACGGAGCUAUUGGCGGCCGAUUUCGAGCCAUGUGGGGCACGACACAUUUCUCGUGGACACGGACCAGAUGACCGUUUUGGUUCGCGAGCUCCUGAGCUGA